CCGUGCGUGCCGGUUGAUAAAGAAAAUCAUACUUCUUUCGUCCUUUUAAAAUAGUUUUGUUUGUAAAUGCGAUAAUUAACCGACAUCUAGAAAGGCGGCUUUAGUGCGUUCGUCUUGGAACUGUUGUACUUGAGCAAUUAUGGAGCACUCGGUCCGUCAUGACUUCUAUGACAUUCGGGCAGAAAAAAUUCAUACCCACCGCACCGGAGAAGGGCAGCUUUCCGCUCGAUCACGGCGGCCAGUGCCGUAAGCUGAUGCUGUUCUACAUGCGCUGUUUGCGCGAAAACGGGGACGAUAAUUCUGCCUGCCGCCAGGAGUCGAAGGCAUAUUUGCAGUGCCGCAUGGAUAACGAACUGAUGGCACGGGAAGAUUUUACCAAGCUUGGAUACAGCGACGCUGCGCCGAAGAAAAACCCCGACAGUUCCUAA